ACAGCCACGACAUUCGCGCCGCCUGGCGGGAAUUUCGCUCUUUUCGUGUCGGGAUCAGUGUGGUUUGGACAUGGUGUCGGGGACAUUACAGCCUCAUCAAAUGACUGUUUUUUUGUUUUUAAAUAUCCACUGAGGUAAAUGUAUUGUGAGUCCCACAGUAAAACCACACAGGGGUUGUAAGCAUGGCUGCCAAUACAGUGGAGUAUACUAUAGGAGGAGUGAAAAUACAUUUCCCGUGUAAAGCAUAUCCCUCUCAGCUUGCCAUGAUGAACUCAAUUAUCCGUGGUCUGAACCACAGGCAGCACUGCUUACUGGAGAGUCCUACUGGCAGUGGGAAGAGCCUAGCCCUGUUGUGCUCCGCCCUGGCAUGGCAGCAAGCACAGUAUGGUAAGUCUGACCAGGACAAAGGUAGCCCUUCGUGUGAUGCCAAAAAGCCAAACAUCACUACCCCAUGUCAGUGUGUGUGCCACAGCCGGCUGGCUUGCCCGGCCACCUCCUCCGGCGGCAAGGCAACCGAAGCACCUGUGAUUGAUCUCACUGGCGAAGGUACUUCGACCCAGCCCAUGACGCCUCUGAGAGCUGAGGGGGACGAUCCUUUAAACAGAUCCACUUUAUCUUCCCGGCUCUCUGAGAGACUUCAGGCCUCUGUCAUCACAGAGGAGGGAGCACAUGGUGACGAUGACUUCAAAACCAACAGGAAGCGGAUUCGGUCACUUGCCAUGGACCAGAAGCAGGGCAGGAAGCGAAGGUGCCUGGAAGGAGGCGCGGUUUCCACCGACAACCGUGCGGCACCAGAGCGGCCUGUCUCUGGGGCGCACGGCUGGGCUGUGGAGCUGAGUGGCCAGGCCAGGGCUCAAGGAUGCAGCUCUCCCGUGCCCUGCUCCCUGUGUCCCUGCGGCAGUCUCGGAAACGGGCUCGGCGCGGGCGAGAAGGCCAAGGACGAGGCCAAGGAGGGCGACGGGAAGAAGGCGGUGCCCAAGAUCUUCUUCGGCACCCGCACGCACAAGCAGAUCACCCAGGUGGCCCGGGAGCUGAAGCGCACGCUCUACUCGACCGUGCCCAUGACCAUCCUGUCCAGCCGGGACCACACCUGCGUGCACCCGGAGGUGGUGGCCCACGGCAACCGCAACGAGCGCUGCAAAGAGCUGCUGGAGGCCAAGAAUGGCCUGUCCUGCCGGUUCUACCAUAACGUGCACAGGAUGCGUGAGCAGAGCAGCCUGCAGCGGGUGCACGGGCUGCACCAGGCCUGGGACAUCGAGGAGCUGGUGCGUCUGGGCACCAGGCUACGAUCCUGCGCCUACUAUGCGGCCCGUGAGCUCAUGCAGGAAGCCUCCAUCAUCUUCUGCCCUUACAACUACCUGCUGGACCCCCUCAUCCGUGAGAGUAUGGACAUCAGCCUGAAGGGGAUGGUUGUGGUGCUGGAUGAGGCCCACAACAUAGAGGACUGUGCCCGCGAGAGUGCCAGCUUCAACCUCAGUAAGGCGCAGCUGCAGCAUGCCCGCGACGAGAUCGAGGGCAUGGUGUCAUACAACAUCCGCCGGAGCAACCACGAGCCCCUACUCGCCUUCUGCUGCAGCCUGCUCAACUGGAUACAGGAGAGCUCCAGUGUACUGCAGGAGAGGGACUAUGAGACGGCGUGUAAGGUGUGGACAGGGCAGGAGGCUCUGGGCCUCUUCCAUGGUCUUGGUAUUACAGCUGACACUUUCUCCGUGCUGCAGAAGCACCUCGAGGCAGUCCUGGAGAAGGAGGAGCGGGUGGGUCUGGUGAACGGGAGGGAGGACACCGUGGAGGUGCCCACUGUCAGCGCCAACACCCAGUCUGUACUCAAGAGCCUCUUCAUGGUGCUCGAGUUCCUGUUCCGACAGAACUGCAGGUUUGCAGAUGACUACCGUGUGGCCCUGCAGCAGAGCUACGUCUGGGCCACAGUACAGGAUGUCCCUGACGCCCAGGGCUUUUUCGCUCGGCCCCAUCGUCGGCGCCAGGGAGCCCGCACUAAAACCCUAGUACAGACACUCAGCUUCUGGUGUCUCAACCCUGCCGUGGCAUUCUCGGACCUGAGCGAGUCUGUGCGCUGUAUCGUGCUCACCUCCGGCACCCUCUCGCCCAUGGGCUCAUUCUCCUCUGAGCUAGGCCUCAAGUUCUCCAUCCAGCUGGAGGCCAGCCACGUCAUCAGCAAGUCCCAGGUGUGGGUGGGCACAGUCGGAGCGGGUCCCCAAGGCCGGAGGCUGUGCGCCACAUUCCAGCACGCCGAGACCUUUGCCUUCCAGGAUGAGGCUGGCGCGCUGCUGCUCCAAGUGUGCCAGGCAGUGAGCCGAGGGGUGCUCUGCUUCCUACCCUCCUACAAGAUGCUGGAUAAGCUGAGGCACCGCUGGACGAACACCGGCCUGUGGGAGAAGCUGGAGGAGCGGAAGGCCGUGAUCGCAGAGCCACGCGGUGGGGCCAAGAGCGACUUCGAUGAACUGCUGCAGACAUACUACAAGGCCAUCCGACAGAGCGCACCCAGAGAUGGAGCACUGCUGAUCGCUGUUUGCAGAGGGAAAGUGAGUGAAGGGCUGGACUUCACUGAUGACAACGCCAGAGCUGUGGUCACUGUUGGCAUUCCCUUCCCCAACAUCAAAGACCUCCAGGUUGAACUGAAGAUGAAAUACAAUGACCAGCAUUCCAAAUCCAGAGGCCUCCUCCCUGGGGGUCGCUGGUAUGAGAUCCAGGCCUACCGGGCCUUGAACCAGGCUUUGGGAAGGUGCAUUCGUCAUAGGAAUGACUGGGGGGCCCUUAUUUUGGUGGAUGAUCGCUUUAGGUCCAAUCCCAACAAGUACAUCGCAGGCCUGUCAAAGUGGGUGCGUCAGUUGGUGGUGCACCAUGACAACUUCCCCAGUGCCAUGCAGUCCCUGGGGUCCUUCACCCAGAGACAGCAGCGCGAGGCGGAGGUCCACGGGGAGGGGAACCGCGGGCGUGACCCUUCGAACCCCAGCGCCUCAGGGGCUGGCCUCUCGGCGCAGACAACCCCUCCUGACCCACCUACUCUGCACCACUGCCCGAGCUCUGAGGGUCUGGCUGUCGCUUCCACCAAUGGCAGCCCCUCUGGAGCAGGUGACCAGGAGCUUCUCCAGCGGCCAUGCGUAGCACCAGGCCUGCGGGGUAAUGAAGCUGACCCUUUGUCUACAGCGCGACCCGUACUCAGCCUGUUCACCUCCACACCCGUCAGCGCCCGAUACAGGACACCCAUCUUUCAGUCGAAGGACUCCAGCAAGAGUGUUGACAAUAGUGCAAACCUGGCCGGCAUUAGCCACUGCGCCGUUCCUGCCGUUGACCAGGCUGUGACAGUCCAGGCCGGAGGUGUUGCUGAAGAUGGACAGAGCGCGACUCCCGCUGACCCCUCUCCUUCUUCGCCGGACCUGUCCCCUGUAAACACCCCGGGGGAGGUGCAAGACGAAGACCAGAGUAUCUUUUACACCCCCGAGCUGUUCGAAGCAGAGGAGGACGAGGAAGAUGAGGAGGUGGCAGUGGAGCUGCAGGCCCCGCUUAAGAUGGAUCUCCCUCCUCCCCCGACUGAGGCGUCCGUCUUGCCUUCUGAGGACCUGUCUGGGUCCGCACAGAGUCCGAGGAGAACUUGCAGUGCCUCCGCUGACCUUAAGGGAGGUGAUGAGGGUCCUCACAGAGACUGUGUCUCUCCCAAAAGAGUCCGGGAGUCUCCGAGCAGGGCAGAGCAGGCAGAGAGGAGGUGUAGCACAGGUAGUGAGACCAGGGCAACACAGAGACAGCCCAGCAGCAGGUCACACAGGCUCUCCAGGUCUAGACAGAAAGCCCUUGGCAAAGCAGCGGCUACAGGUAAACACGUGACCCCGUAACCUGCAUCUCUCAGGCCGGCCGGCCAAAUGUCAUGACUAAAAGUCUGUAACAUGCACAAAUGGUAAAUAAAUGUUUUAAGAAAUAAAUUUUGAUUAACUAA